CGCCGCCGGCCGCCGCCAUGAGCACCAUGAAGUUCUGCCGCGAGUGCAAUAACAUCCUGUACCCCAAGGACGACAAGGACCGGCGCGUGCUCCUCUUCGCCUGCCGCAACUGCGAGCACCAGGAGAUCGCCGACAACAACUGCGUCUACCGCAACGAGGUACAGCACGCCGCCGCGGAGCGUACACAGGUCCUGCAAGAUGUGGCUUCUGACCCCACUCUGCAACGGACCAGGGAAGUCCGCUGCGCUGCCUGCGGUCACGGCGAGGCUGUUUUCUUCCAGGCUACAGCAAGGGGGGAGGAGGGGAUGACUAUUUUCUAUGUGUGCUGCAAUCCCUCCUGCGGUAACCGGUGGAGGGAGUGAAUGGUCCGCAGAGGCCACCGACCCAUGCCCUUAAGGCCCUAACCGAUCAUGCUCUGGAAUUUAGCUUCUGAUAGCCGUGUUUGUUAGAUCACAGGACCUGAACUUGUCACAUAUUAACACAUGCUCUGGAAUUUGGUUCCAGUUCCUGCUCAAACCUUGUGUGUGUGUGUGUAGAAAUCUUAUUUGCCCUGGUUACAUUUGUUGGAUUGCUUCGAGUCUAUCCACUGUAAAUUCCUCUACGUGUUUGAUGUUUACUACAAACAGGGUUGUGAGC